CAUCCAUGGGCCUUGAUGCCAGCAAGGGUUCGGGACCAGUUUGCUAGAGCUUGGGACAUUUCCCGCUACCGUAUUCUACUCGAGGGCCCAGUUUGCCAGGCUUGGUUCUUGGGUGAGUGCUUCAUGCGCCAGAUUAUAGGUCUGCCCGACCCUAUCGUCCCGAUGGCUCCACCAGAGUCCAUGCGGUCCACAGAGAGCCUAUCUAUUGAGGAGGUCAUCCAGUUCAUGGUGGGCCUAGAUGCCGACUUCUUGCAAGCGAAGGGCGACUAUGCAGCUUUCAUCCAGACACACUUGAUGCCGUCCCUAACCAGUGUUCAUGGAGCUGAGGAGGCAAUAGCUCCUCUCGCGAGAGUGAGGCUCAGAUUGACUCGAGUGAGUAGGGCCCGUGGCCGAGGGGUUUCCCAAGCGGGGCAGAGGGCUGAUUGGCCAAAGCUUCCCAUUAUGUUGACUUGCUGGCGAUGCACCAGGGAUGCCUACCAGGUCCCAAUUGAGCUCGCAACGGCUGGUCAUGAGCUUGUCGGGGUCCGAGGCCUGACUCUGCGGCCAUUGAGUACAUAGGAGGCGCCCUCGAGCUAAUAGCGUCACUAAUGGGGAUUGUACAGAGGAGGGAGACACUGUUCGGCCUCCACAGUAUCCCAAUUUCACCCAUGCCAGUGGCACCAGCGGUAGUUGCAGCACCUAUACCAGCAGUACCUCCUCUGGCAGCAGGGAGGAGAGAGAGACAGGCUCCAGUACGCGGUCAAGGCAGAGCUAAGGGCGCCCGAGCUGAGAAUGGUCCUUCAGAGCCUAUUUUGAGUGAUGAUGUUGUUGAGACGAGCGACUCUGAGGAGGCAGCGAGUCAGCAGUUAGAGUCAUCUGAGAGUGGGGGUGAUGACGCUGGCUCGGGUUCCAAGAGCGGAGGCGAUGAUGUUGAGGAGGGCUCUGGAGCAGAGAGCAGAGAUAGUUCCGGCUCAGACUCUGGUUUAGAGGGAGAUUCAGAUAGUGGUGCUGACGGAGACAGUGCCCCAGAGUCCUCUCCUCCGAGGAAGAGGACGAAAAGGGCUUCUCGAGCCUAAGG